CAUGCUUCGAAGAUGUCUCGAGAGUUGAGGGGGCGGGCUAACGGGGAUUCUGUUUUGCUCCCGCGAGAUUUGGGGGUAAUAAGCCCGUGCGCCGAGGCGUGGGAAACCCCUUUCGGCUUCUGCCUGGCCAAGAUGGCGCCCAAAGCGAAGAAGGAGGCUGUGCCUCCGAAGACAGAGGCAAAGGCAAAGGCGUUGAAGGCCAAGAAGGCCGUCCUGAAGGGGGUCCACAGCCACAAGAAGAAGAAGAUCCGCACGUCGCCCACUUUUCGCAGGCCCAAGACGCUGCGGCUGCGGAGGCAGCCCAAAUACCCCCGGAAGAGCGCCCCACGGAGAAACAAGCUGGACCAUUAUGCCAUUAUCAAGUUUCCUCUGACCACAGAAUCAGCGAUGAAGAAGAUUGAGGAUAACAACACUCUAGUGUUCAUCGUGGAUGUCAAGGCAAACAAGCACCAGAUCAAACAGGCCGUCAAGAAGCUGUACGAUAUCGAUGUGGCCAAGGUCAACACGUUGAUUAGGCCUGAUGGAGAGAAGAAGGCUUAUGUACGACUGGCUCCAGAUUAUGAUGCACUGGAUGUGGCCAACAAGAUUGGAAUCAUCUAAACUGCAUCUGCCGAGGACUGUACAGACUAAUAAACAUUUUGACACCA